UACUGAGCAGCACCUGUCGUUAUAUUAUUCUAUUUCGUUGAGAUAAAAAAAGAGAAAGAGAAAAAAAAAGAGAAAAAGAAGUCGAAGGGUUGAAGAAGAGGGAUGGAGGUCGACGAGUAGGCGUCCGAUCGAGCGGAAGCCUCCCUCUUGCCGUAGGUGCGAGGGAUGCGGAGAAGGCCGCCGUCGGCGGCGGCGAGUACGCGCCGCCGCGAUGGUGCCGCGCGAGGAGAAGAGAAGAAGAGUGAUCGUCGCGGCUGCUAUCUCCUGCGAGAACGUCCGAGGAUGUUGUCUUCUCUUCUCUGGUUUGUACAAUUAGCGAUGGAGCCCCUUCAAGAAGGAACCUGUCUUAGCUAAAACGCAACCUGUCUUAGCUAGAACCGCGUUCACGGCGAGUUUACGAAUAAUCGCGGUAAGGUGCGCGACCAUGAAGGAACACGGGAGUAAGCAUUCGGCGGAAGCGCCUACGAAGACCCUUAAGUCUUUACUAAAGAAGCCCGGCCAAACGAAGGGCAAAACUCGGAAGAAUCGCGUAGUUAUUAAUGAGAAACUUAACGAGUUCUUUGCCGCGGAUUAUAUUAUACUUAUAAAGGAAGAGUGUUGCGCUGAGUACGAGGAAGAUUGCGACUGUUGUUGUCAGGAGCACGAACUUAUACGGUUGGGCAAUUGCAAGGAGUGCCGGGCGGAAUUAAAUCUCCACUUUGGCGUCACGGAUGAUGGCCGUUACGGUGGCGCCGAUGGGGAAGUUGACGAGGAGGAGGACGAAGAUGAGGACGAAGAAGAGGAUGCGAUCGACGAGGAAGAGGAGGACGACGAGGAAGAUGUUGUUGACGUCGUAGCGGCCGUCAACGUUGCUGUCAAUGCCGCUGUUAACGUCAACGUCGGUAUCAAUACGAAUGAUAUAGAAAAUCUCCAACAACAACAUCUGCGGACUGUAGAAGUUCGUAAGAAGGAUGAAGUCGAAGCGAUAGCAUGCGAACUCGAAUCCGAUGCCGUUGAGCAUAAAGCCGAACUCGAAGCCGAACGCGAGCCGAAGGAGUUGGUUAAUCGGCAGGAAGUGCCGACGAUCGUUCCCGACGAUUGCGCUGACUCGACCGUUCGCGGAGGAGGCGAGCGUCAACAGGAGACUCUCAGUCCUCCAGAAGGCUACAAGGACGUUUGCGUCGAAGGUACUGCAAUUUUGGAGGACACUGGUCAUCCACCUCGACUUUUGCCACCACCAACCUGCAGCGACUGUGAUUAUUAUCACCGAAAGAAGACUGGUGCCCAAGAGCAAAUUAAGGUCAAUGGGACCGAUGCCGAACGCGAGGACGCUAUCGUUGAGAAUUUUAAAGAAGCAAACAAUCAAGUUCGAUCCUCUACGCCUAAUGAUUUGCAUCAUCGGUAUCUCGUCGAGACGAUAACAAUGACGACGGUUACGGAACGACGAAUAAUCCGAGAGAUCAGUGAGAACGAGAGGAAACUUUGUCUCGAUGAACUUGAUCUGGAACAAGAAAGACCAUCAAGCGAAAUUCCAAAACUGGAUGGAGUUUCAACGGACUCUUCGACUAUUACGACAAAUAAAGUUGAAAAUCUUUCGUCGAAUGUUUGCCGUGAAUGUGGCAAUGCGGAAACGAACGCAGAAACAGUCGAGGACAAUGAGAGAACGGAGAGUAUCAUUGGAAGUAAUAACAAAAAUGAAAACGAAGAACAAACGAUAGAUGAAGAUGACAAUAGCGAAUCAAAGGAAACUCUUCAAGAUGUUACGGAGCUAUCACUGACAUUUAAACUUGGUAACUUGGCGACUAAUAGCUUGAAACCAAAUUCAGCUGUGAGACAACUCUUUCCCAAUCCGAGAUUCAUCUCACCACCACCGGCACCUCUGAACAAAUCCGUCUCAUUAGCCGAUUCUGAAAGUACCUAUUCCGAAGCUCAAAAGUUUCUCAUCACCGCAGAGAAUUUACGGCUGUUCGAUACAACGAAGAGAUCAGCGAAAACGACUACGCGUAGCGAGUCUUGUGAAAGCGAACCAAGUAUGAUAAAGAGGACGAUAGAGAGGAACACGUUAAGAAGAAGUUUGAUUGGCAAGUGCAAUGCAACUACGAGAAAAAAGAAUCUCAGAUCGAAGGAUUUGUCUUUAGAGGAACGAAUCAGACAACUGACUUGUGUUGAUCAGGACGAGGAUGUUACCGAAGAGUCUUCAAAGAGUACAGAACUUGUUUUAGAUCAGGAUAAUGAGAGGUUAGAAUUCUCCAUGCGAACUUCACCAUCUGGCGAGGAACAACCGCCAAUCGAACGAUUUUCUCAAAAGGUUGCUACAUUAACUACAAUGACAACGUUACCGAUGACAACGUCCACGACGACGAUGGUGCCGAUGGUGACAAACAUAGCGACCAUAUCAACACCAACGACGUUGCCGGCGACAAUGGCAAAUGUUCAUAAUUCGAAGAAUACCCCAUUGAUGGAUACUACGCCAAAUCAAUCGACUUACAGGAAGAUUACCGAUCUUUUCGCGUACAAGAAAAAUACCGAACCAAAUUUACCGGAUCUUGGUAUUGGUAAUAACAGUAGAGGUACUUUGGUUAAAGAAUGUCAAUCGAAAAAUUCUCUAACAAAAAUGAAUUCCGAGGUGAGAAGACAGUUUUUAGCUAGUCUCGCUCCACUCUCUUGCGUCACCAUGAAUAACGCGGACACUCGUGAGGAUUAUUACAGAUUUGAGCCAAGAAUUGCGACAAAUGUAAAUAGCAACUCGAUAAAUCACCUGUCCGAUUCAGCAUACAGCUUGGAGGAUAUCGAGACGGCACUGAACAAGAAUCGUGCUAGUGCACCUGAUGUUACGAGAGGUACACCGGUCGGUAAUAGGCCAGAUAUAGGUGAGAACUCAGCCGACGAGUUGCUUGCUUUCGUGGAACAAGAUAAAUCCAGAAUGGAACGAAUAAAGCGACGUUAUAGCGAGAAUGAGGAACGUCAUAGUCUCGUUAAUGGUGUUUUAGGAGAUGAAAAGAUGAUGAGUAGUACGACCAGUAACAACGAACAGAUUCAUGAGGAAGACCAUGGUGAAGAAGACGACCAGGAUGACGAACUCAACGACUAUGGUUUCAACAGACGUCCGCCUGUUCGAGGUAUCAAACCUCUGUUUGGUACUACUAAUGAGAUCGUUCAUCAACUUCGUUCUCGAAAUGUAGUCACAAAUGACUUUAAUGAUGUGAGAGAGACAUUUGCCACGGCAUGGCCGUUGCACUACGAUAAGAAUGGCGACAGAAUCGAUGGUAAAAAUCCGGCGAACGUGUACGAUAUGAUGCCGAAAGAAGAUACAAACACAAUCGAUCGAAUAAACAGUAUGCAAAAACAAAUCGAUGACAUUUAUCAGACCAUUGUGGAGACCGCGGUGACACAAGGCAAUCUUGAUCGUGUAACUUACUUAGAAAAUACAUUGCCACGUCCAUUGGUCAGAAUACCGCCGACCGAUGGUAUCUCACAUCAGUAUCCCGAACAGAAGAACGGUCAGAAUUAUUUCGCGGAGAAGCAUCAGCCGACGAACGUUCGUAUGUUGCGUAUCGCGGGUGGCGGCGAUGAAACAGCACCAGCUACGAAUUAUGCAUCGACUCUACCGGCUAAAAUUCGUCGGUAUCCAUCAACAACGAUCCCCAAUUAUCAUUGCAAUGUAGUUUCACCAACUGCGGCAUCCAGCAGCAGUGGUACUAAGUGCUAUCGCACGAUGUAUUUCGUGCCAUACAACGGUCUCUCGGAUCCGACAUAUCAGAACAUUCAACGGAUCUUACCACCCCAUUCGUCGCCUAAUUACGCGACCCACAUCGAGCGUUAUCCUUAUCCUCGGCAGACAAAGAUUGAUAGCCCGCAGCAACAACCGCAACAGCAGCAGCAGCAACCACAACAGCAGCAGCAACCACAGCAACAUCAGCAGAGGUACUACCCACGUCCCUUGGCGCCAAAUACCUAUUUACCAUCUCAACCAUUUCCUGAUUCCGCUCCACCCAAUUGUCUUCCUUCCCAAGCACCUCAGCAGACACUCCAGUUGCACCUACAUCAGCUAUCAUCCGUUCCUCACGCCGCUGUUCAUCCUAUCCAAUUUCAACAUCGACAUCAUCAUCAAAUCGCAUCAUAUCACUUACAAUCGGUAUUACCACCACCACCACCACCUCCAUCAUCUUACACGGUGAUUGCACCACCUAGAUGCUCCUCUACGGCUACAGCCGCCCAUUCGACCAACCCAGCCUAUCAUCUUUAUCAAAUACCACUUGGUCGAACAUCCGCUACUGUUGCUACGGCCGCUGCAGCAGCUGCUGCAGCAGCCGCAGCGGCAGCAGCUGCGAAUGCCACGGACGUGCAAACUCAAACCGUCUCGGCGUCCUCUUCAACUCCUCUGUCCGUACCUGUUACUUCCUUUAAACCUAUCUGCGAUGUACGUCUCUCUGCGAGUUUUUCUGUUAAUGAUCAACAAGGAAACGUUAAUAUCGGUGGGCCUCUUUCGGCAUCUUCCUCGUCUUCUUCCUCGGCAUUAUCUUCACCUACGAAACAACAACAACAACAGCAACAACAACAACAACAACAACAACAACAACAACAGCAGCAGCAGCAGCAGCAGCAGCAGCAGCAGCAGCAACAACAACAACAACAAUUAGUGAAUAACUCGUGUAGCGUCGCGGAACGCGGUGUACCGGAAGGUGCAGCUAGUGCACCCUCUCACGAUUUUUCUCAGCCACCACAACAGUCUCACCAUCAUCAACUCACUUCCCCAACUCCGGCUCUCUCUCAAUCGACGACCACCUCGAUGUCCCACUUACUCCUCGUGUCAAACUCUUACGGCGGGCAUCGUGCCAAUACCCUAAACCCGCCUACCGACUCUCAAAACUCCGUGUAUUACGCGAUGAACGUUUAAAGGGGCAACGUUUUUGACCAACUUCACGGCUGGACUCGAGACUUGGUCCCUUUUAGUCAGUGACGGAGAAAUACACACACUCAUAGAUACACAUGUAUACAAACUUACACUUAUACAUAUGAAAAGGGACAUGUAAAGAGAAGAAGAGGGAUGCAGGCGAAAUUAGCUCGCAUCGACGAUUCCUUUUCUUUGAUGUGGUGGAAAGUGACGACAGGUAUGUAGAAAAAAAAGAGAGAGAGAAUGUGUGUGUGUGUAUGAAUGAGAAGUACACGAGAUUAUCGUGCGAGAAAAGCAGGACGGCGGCCUCUUUCCGUGUUCGUAAACGAACGACAGGCUUGAUUGUUGAAAGGCGAUACGACUCGUUGAUUCUCUUCUACGCGAUGAUGAAUACGACGAUGUCGAUGACGAUGGAAGCUGGGUACUCGAGUACCAUAGUAUUCUCCUCUUCUUUCUAUACUCUUCGUAUCUUCUCUUUGUGUUUCAUACAUUCGUGAUAGAAGGGCAAGGUGACGGCAAAAUUAUGCGAUCUUUUUGAUCAAAUCUCUAUGAAAAAUAGACAGGAUUCAGUCUAUGUGUUUUUACACUAUAUAUUACAAAUAUUUUGAUUAUACAUGCGUUGCCAUACUUUUGUUCUUCUGAACAUUUCAAUGUUAAUGCAUUACUAAUACUACACUAAAUUUCUCAUAAUUGAAUCUAUCAUUUGUUUUUCGUUAUUAUCGAAUGAACGAGUCUAAUGAUAAAAAAAAAAGAAAAACAAAAAACAAUAUUUUUCUAACUUACACUUAACUCGAAGAAUUUACUUAUCCUUUUUCAUAACUCCUUCGAGUAAAAAAUUUAUUUCCUUUUCUUUAUUAUUUUUUUUUACAUUUAUUUUAAGUAUUUUACAUAACAUUUUAUAAUCGUACUAUUAGCUACAUAGUAGCUGUGUCAUAGUUAUUUUUUAUAAAGUCAGCAAUGUAUUAAUAAUCACGUUGUGAGAUAAUAUAUUUAUGUAUGUACGAAGAAAAGGACGAGAAGGAGAAGAAGGAAGAGGAGGAGAAGGGAACGGGAUGAAGGCGACAUGGACAGACGGCGAUAUCGAUCUUUUUAAAAGAACAGACGUGGGAGGAUGCUUUCUAUCGUUACCGCGAACGUAGCGAAAAUAGUUCGUCGACGUAAAGUGGAUAGAAGAACUUGUAAAGUUACCGCAUUAUUGAUUCUGCCAAAGAUACGAUACUGUGUUAUAUAUAUAUAUAUAUAUAUAUAUAUAUAUAUAACAUAUAUAUAUAUAUAAGUAUAUAUAUAUAUAACAUAUAUAAGUAUAUAUAUAACACACACACAUAUAUAUAUAUAUAUAUAUAUAUAUAUAUUACGGUUGCGACUUUAAAGACAUUUUUCGUAACGAUCAUUGUAAAUGGCCAAAUACCUACAUGUAAUAUCAGCGAUAUAUUUGUAAGUAGCUAUUGUCGUGAAUGUGUUGGACGAGAAACCCUUUACUUUUACGUGCUCCUAGUGAUUGCAUAGUUUUGCGAAUAGUUCGAGUUAGAUGCGUACUUUGUUCUCGUUGUCUAUUAUUCGCUACAUUACCACAAUAAUGGUUAACUUUGUUUCACUUGUUUCGUAACUAUUUAGAUAUUAUGUAUAAUAUUAUACGCCGUUUCGACAUUCCCGUAUAUAUUUAUGUGUUUGAACUGAUCAAGUCAAACGAGUAAUACGUGCUCUGAAAAAGAAAACAAAAUAUUUGUCAACGUGGCUGGUUAAUUGUUCUUAUCGUUUUGUUCCUGGGACUAGUAUGGAAAAAAAAAUGUAAUAGAGAGAAAGAGAGAGAUAGAGAGAGAGAGGGAGAGAGAGAGAGAGGGAGAGAGAGAGAGAGAAAUAGAAAAAUGGUUACAAAGUAAUUAGCAUGGAUAACCACGCUGAUAAAUCUUUUGAUACAGAUACUCUGCUAUCCAUAUCUAGCAGGUUCUGUUUCCGUUCGACUUUGUUAACGAGAUAUACAUGUAUAUGUAUAUACAUUUCAAACACGUAUAAUUACUUUUUGGCCAUAUCGACGAUAUAUUUCGUGUACUCCUAUUUCGAGAAUUUGUGGUUGGUGUAGACGAGUCACAUAAUUAUUCAUGGACUUCAAAUGGGAAACCAUAAAAAAAGACGUAAAUUGGCUGUGCUCUCUUCUAUAUAAUUAUUUUUUCUCUUUUUCGUUCUUUUCUCUUGUAUCCGUACAAGUUUGCAUACUUUUUCGAAGAUUUUAUUCUUCUUUAAAGUUUUAUGUUAUAAUAUAUAAGAAGCUACAAACUCUAAUAAUGAUUAUUAUAUACAUAUAUAUAUAAUACAUGUAUAUAUAUAUAUAUAUAUAUAUAUAUAUAUACAUAUAUAUAUAUAUACAUAUAUAUAUAUAUAUAUACAUAUAUAUAUAUAUAUUUAUUUAACAAACCAGUCGAGCUUUCCUUAUGACAAAUUGUCUCUAUUGAAAUAAAUUCUAUAACGAUGAAUUUUAUUGCAUAAAGUUAAACGCGAAUCGUUUUAUUCCUUUUCUUUUUCUUUUUUUCAAGAAAAAACCUGACGUUCUGCUUUUUCGGGAUCUCUAAUUAAAUCCCAAGAUAAGAUUCUUCUUAAGGUCGUUAGAAAAACUUUGUCAGCAGUAUUAACCACGUAAUCAUUACGUUUAGAUAAGUACAAAAAUUAAAUGUUUACGGGGAAAAAUUUCGUGAAAAUUUGGCAAAAUUUACUUACGAUGAUUCUUCCGAUCGCUCUCAUAAUGCUCCGAUUUGAGAUUUGGGAACGUAUGUAUAUACGAGUUCUGCCCUAGGUAUAGGAAAAAUAAAAUAUGAAUGUCAUGUAAAAAAAAAAAAGAAAAAACCAUUAAAAAAAAGGACCCAUUGUAGUUUAUCAAUAUGAAUCGUAGAUGUUGAUCCGUCUUUCUGAGGUUAUGGUUUACCUGAAAAUACAUUAUUUAAGAUACUUCAAUGAUAUAGUAGUGAAUCCCAUUAAUAUAUAUAUAUGUAAAGGUUUAUAUUUUAUGUACAGUAGAACCUCGAUUAUAUAUUCGAAUUAAUCUAAAAAAAAAAAAUACAAAGAAAAAGACGAAGAACAAAAAAAAAAGAAAAAAAGGGAAAAAAAAGAAAACAAAGAGAAACAAAAAACCAAAUAAAAACGCGUGUUUCGGUAAAAGCAAAUGAUCAUUUUUUCAUUUUUUUUUUUUUUUUUUUUUUUUUUUUAUUAGCAAUAAAUGUCACUUACCAAUGUUAAAACCUUUAAUGGAGAACUUAACAGAAUAUACGGAGCUUUAGCUUCGAUGCAUACGGUGAGUCUCACGAUUAGCAUAGUGAUUUUGCUGCUUAUAAAGUCUCCGUUAGAAGAUACGAUACUCGAAUAAAGAUUAGAAAUAUAGAGAGGAGCUAAUAUAUUUGUUGAUUUCAAAACAUAUUUCGGUAUAAUAAAAGGGAAUUUACGAGAGCAUGCUCGUUCCUGUGCUUUCACAAUCGAGGUUCCAUUAUAGUUGCAGGACCAAAUUAUUCCUUUUAAAUAGGUGUUUCUUAAAUAUGUUCGAAGAAAGGACAAGAUGUAUGCCCAUUCUCGAAAACCAACUAAGUCCUCUCUUGGAGGACUUUGAAAGUAUUUAACGAAGUUAGAGAAGAGUUUUAACACUAGUUAAAUACAUAAAUUCUGUAUAGUCUAUAUGGCCCAUAUCAAAAAAUUUAUUAUUAUUAUUAUUAUUAUUAUUAUUAUUAUUAUUAUUAUUAUUAUUAUUAUUAUUAUUGUUAUUAUUAUUAUUGGUAUUUAGGUUUUCUCGGGUACCAAUGUGCCCGCUCUUUUUAAGCAUUUGUGGGGGCGAAUCCAACACAAAGAGGUCUUAGAUAUUAUAAGUUCUGCAAUGGAACGUGGGUGUUAUUAUUAUUACUAUUAUUAUUAUGAUUAUUAUUAUUAUCAUAAUUAUCAUCAUUAUCAUCAUCAUCAUCAUCAUCAUCAUCAUCAUCAUCAUCAUCAUCAUCAUCAUCAUCAUUAUAAUCAUCGUCAUUAUUAUCAUCAUUAUUAUUAUUAUUUCCCCUAAAUUCGCGUAUUUCGCGAUAUUUCAAUAAAUAAAUGUUCCACGGGUAAUGCAAUCUAUACGUACAUACAUAUAUAUACAUACGUAUAAACAUAAUUUCUUUUUCAUACGAGAAAAAGACGAAAGAGAGAUUGUGGAAGAAUGUGAGAUAUGCUGCUUUUCGUAUACACCAAAUACAUCGAUCGUGAGUUAUUUUAUAAGUCGAUAUCGCAGUAUUUAUUGUUAGUUACUGGACUUAAGAUAAAUAUUCAAAUUUUGAAUGCUUGACGAUACGAAAUCAGAAUGUUAAUUUACUAGACAAUGGGCCGGAGUAAGAUAACUAUAUCUUUGAGAUCUUAAAUACAUUAUACAUACGUAAAUACAUAACAUACAUAGACAUAACAUACAUAUACGUGAAGCUUUUUACAAUAAAUCGCUGAUGUAUAAAAUGUAAAAGAAGGAAGAUUAUGGCGAGACGUCGAGAUCGGAAUUGACUUUUCUUUAUGACUGACAUAAUAUACCUACUUAAUAAUAAUAGUAUCUCUAUGCUUCCACGAAUAGGAUCAUUUGAUCGCAUGGCAUGACGAUGAUAAGUACAAGCAUAUUUCCACAAAUCAUUUCUAUCGAUCGGUUUCAAGGAUAUUUUAAAUACUUUUUACACUUUGUUAGCUCUGAUCCAUUUUUUGCUACAUUAACUGGAAUAUUACAAAAUAAGUUUUGCUUUAUUGGAACUCAUGAUUCGAAGGUAAUAAAUACUAUAGAUAUUAUUAGAUUAUUAAUAAUGAGAAGGAAGUUUGAAUACCUUAAUAAAUAUUCAUGUCUUUUACAAAAGAUCCGGAUCGCUGUUGAAACAUGGAAAAGUUGACUUUUCUAUGCGAAGAUUUUCUAAUCGAUUAAACUUUCCAAUCCUGGACGAUAUAUAUUAGAAAUUAAUGUAAAACUCUAAAUGCUAUUUGGCAUAUUUGUCUUUUUCUUUUUUUAUUUUCUUCAUUUCAUAUCUAAUCUUGAUGUAAUUGUUAUGUAAUAUUAGAUAUGUAUGUAUGUUGUAGUUUGGACACAUAUUAGCGUGCAUAGAUGAUUUUAAGCUUUGUAAAUUCGAUACUUUGAUAAAUUAAGUAAAUGUUAAACAGUGUCGAUCGUAAUUUGAGGAGAGUUUCAUUCCAGAAGUUAGAAGUGUGAAAUAAUCGAUAUAUACAUAUACUUUCCAUAUUAUCACGAGACUAUUGAUUUGCGAUCGAAUGACAUUACGUGCGCCGAAUCGUAUUUUAACACAUACAUAUACAUGCGCGCGCGCACACACACACACACACACACACACACACACACAUUGCCAAUCUAGUCAGUAUAAAAUAAAUAUAUGCGACUGAGACAAAAGUAACUGCAAGUACAUAUGUACGCCUACCAAAAAUCUUAGUUAUUUAGGCAAGACCAAAGAUUCCGUUUAGUGUAGUAAUUUAAUAAAUCGCAUCCUCGAAUUUAUGCAAAUCGAAUUGCGUGACCCAAAGGAAGGUAUCGAUUUUCUUCGUGUGAAUGAACCAAAAAUAACCAAAAAAUAAAGAAAUAAAAUUAGAUGGGUGGCAUACGCGCACAAAAAAGAGAGUACAAAGUGUAUAAAAACAAAAAAAGAGAGUCGACGAAUCGCGAUUCUACUUCUUUUUUAUAUUUAUUGUCUAGUAUACUAGCAGUUAUUGUUGUAUGUCAUAUAAAAGAGAGACAUCGCGUAGCGAUGAACACGACUAAUCAAAAAUUUAAUAUCCUAGACUCGCCCGAAAUAAACGUUUCUAUCUGUUUGGAAAGCGAGGUAAAAAAGGAAAAAAAGAGAGAAGAAUAGAGAAGAAUAGAGAAAGAGAAAGAGGAGGAGAAAGAGAGAGAGAGAGAGAGAGAGAGAGAGAGAGAAAGAGAGAAAUAGAGAAAAAGAAA